CGGGUAGAGAAGAAAUUAAUAUUACACUCAUUCAGCUGUGGAUGAUGUAAGUUUAUGAAAACUUUUUUAUACAAUUCUAUUUUAUCAACUUACUUAUAUCAUAUUAUUUCUUCAUUUUAGGUAUAUGUUUGAUGUUAGUAACAAGAAGGGGUUCAACGAUGUAUAUGGGUUCAUUGACCCCUCUAUGACUCAUGAAAGAAAUAAAUUUGAUGAUAUCCAAACAUACAUCACCACCUGCUUUGGAAUGGGGAAGGAGAUAUAUUUUCUCCCUUAUAUACAUGGGUGUCAUUGGCAGCUACUUGUGAUCUCCAUACCGGAGAACACUGCUGUCUGGUUUUGUUCAUUGCAGAAGUCUCCUCCCAGCCCUCUUAGACAUGUAGUAGAUUGUUCCCUUGCAACACAUAUGAUGUUAUCUGGGAGAUCUACUGCUACAGCUAAAAAGCUUGCAUGGGUUCCAUUCAAUUGA